AUGAAUUCCUCUCGGAUAUUAUCAUAUACAAUUAGGGAACUAUUAACAUCGCGAGUAUCUUACUCUAUAGUAUACUCUUCACGCAAUGCAUAUAAAAUUCCAAUUACUUUUCAGCGAACUCUUACAACUACUUCCAUUAAAGCUCCUCCACCUACUUAUAAAUUAAGGAAUUUCCUUAUUGGAACAACUAGUGUCCUUGGCGCGAUUUUCUUUAUAGAAUAUUAUUUUGAUUCUAGAGCAGCAAUUCAUAAAUAUCUAUUUAUGCCCUUAUUGAGAAAUGUAACUACUCCAGAAUCAAGUCAUAAAUUUGCCAUAUGGGUUUCAAAAUGGGGAUUAAAUGCUAAAGAUAGAUUACCUGAUGACGAAAGGCUUUCUGUUGAGGUAUGGGGUAAAAAGAUAUCUAAUCCGAUAUGUUUAGCAGCAGGAUUUGAUAAACAUGGAGAAGCUAUUGAUGGUUUAUUUGACAUUGGAUUUGGAUAUGUUGAAAUUGGAAGCGUAACUCCCGAACCUCAGCCUGGAAAUCCAAAACCACGAAUUUUCCGUCUUCCUGAAGACAAAGCCGUGAUAAAUCGUUACGGUUUCAAUUCUGAUGGUCAUAAGCAGGUAGAAUUACGGCUACGUGAUCGCUUAAGACGAUACCUUUAUUACUCGGCAAAACUUCAUCCUAGGACGACUGCGGCAUUGCUUGCCUCAUCACCAGAUGGUGUAUCAUUGUCUGAUGCGUUGGGAACAAAUAGAAGUUUGAAAGAGGGAAAAUUGCUGGGAAUUAAUUUAGGAAAAAACAAAUGGAGUAGCGUUGAAGAUAUUCAGGAUUAUGUUAAAGGAGUAAAAACCCUUGGAAGUUAUGCCGAUGUACUGGUAAUAAAUGUCAGUAGUCCUAAUACCCCCGGGUUAAGAGGAUUACAAAGGAAAGGGAUCUUUGAGAAGUUGUUAAAAGAGGCAAGUAUAGUUACGGAGGCACGAAAUUCGCUACAUGAACCACGUCCGGCCCUAUUGGUUAAAAUUGCACCUGAUCUUUCCGAUGAAGAAUUAGAAGAUAUUGCAGAUGCAGCUUUGAAUAGUGGCGUUAAUGGCGUUAUUGUAUCCAAUACAACCAUAUCAAGACCAGAUAUAUUACAAAGUGAUCCUUCUUUAAUAUCAGAAACCGGAGGCUUAUCGGGACCGCCAGUUAAACCAUUAGCGUUAAAAGCAUUACGUAAAAUAUACCAACAUACAAACGGAAAGCUUUUAUUGAUUGGUUGCGGGGGAAUUUCAAAUGCUCAAGAUGCAAUUGAAUAUGCAAGAGCAGGUGCAACUUUAGUACAAUUAUACACCAGUUUUGGGUAUGAUGGUGUUGGUAAAGCAAGAGAACUUAAAGAUGGUGUCCUUAGAGAAUUAAAAGAUAAAAGAUGGUCUGACAUUAUUGGUGAGCAAUAUAAGCAAUAA